GUCAAGAUGAUAAUAGUGGUGAAGGAGUCGAUUAUGGUGAAGCCAGCGCAGGAUACGUCGCAGAAGGUGCUGUGGAGUAGCAACAUCGAUUUGAUACAACAAAACUUUCAUAUAACGGCCGUUUACUUCUACAGGCCAAAUGGGUCUCUCAACUUCUUCGAUGCCGGCAUUUUGAAGGAGGCAUUGAGUAAGGUGCUUGUGGCGUUCUAUCCCUGGGCAGGGAGGUUGAGGCGAGACGAAGAUGAUCGUAUUGAGAUCAACUGCAAUGGAGAGGGUGUAUUGUUUGUGGAGGCUGAGACCACUUCUGUUAUCGAUGGUUUCGAUGAUUUUACAUCGACAAUGAAGUUCAGGCCACUUAUCCCGGCCGUCGAUCGAUCUAACGAUGUCUCUUUCUUUCCUCUCGUCAUGUUUCAGGUGACACGUUUCAAAUGCGGUGGUGUUUCCCUAGGUGUGGGAUGGGAGCACUGCGUGGGGGACGGAAUGUCGCUUGUCCGCUUGAUCAACACGUGGUCUGAAAUCGCACGCGGGGUCGACAUCACCAUUCCACCCUUCAUCGACCGAACACUCUUGCGCGCUAGGGACCCACCAACUUCAGCAUUCCACCACGUCGGCUACCAGCCCCCUCCUUCCAUGAAAACACCUCGACAAACCAUAAAAUCCCUAUUUGGUCCCAACACAAUCACCAAUGCUACUUUCAAGAUCACCCGUGACCAUCUCAGCAACCUCAAGGCCAAGUCCAAGGAGGGGGUCCGGGGAAACACAUGCAACUACAGCUCCUACGAGGUGUUGGCCGGACACGUGUGGCGCUGUGUAUGCAAGGCACGUGGCUACACCGAUGAUCACGAGACCAAGUUUUACAUGCCUGUUGAUGGACGGUCCAGAUUGCACCCUCCGGUUCCACCUGGUUACUUAGGCAACGUCAUCUUCACUACCGCGCCGACCGCCAAGGCCGGCGAGCUCAUGAACAAUCCGUUGAGGUACGCUGCGGGGAGGAUCCAUGACGCCUUGAUGAGGAUGGAUGAUGAGUACUUGAGAUCAGCCAUUGAUUACUUGGAACUUUAUCCUAAUCUGACGGUUAGCAUUCCAGAGAUCGACCGUCUCUUGAUCAACAGUUGGGUACGGUUACCGAUAUAUGAUGCGGAUUUCGGGUGGGGCGGGCCGAUAUUUAUGGGGCCGAUUUGGCCCUCUUUAGAAGGGCAUAUCAGCGUCCAACCGCGCCCCACCAAUGAUGGGAGCUUAUUGAUGGCCGUUUCUUUGAAAUCUAAGCAUAUGAAGGUCCUUCAGAAAAUUUUGUACGAGUUUUAG